AAUAGCCACAGUGUAAUCUGACACUUCAACUUGCUCUACGGUAGUUGAUUCAGUCAGUCAGUUACAGCGGCUCUCACGUCGUCUUUGUGGGCAGAGAGAGAGAGACGGAGAGCAGCGCAGUAAACACGAGGUUUGGAGGGAAAACAACAACAGCGGCAACAACAACAGGCGGAUUUACCUCUGAGCCCCACGCUGGAAAUCACAGCAGGCAUAAAAGGCCUGCGAGGGAGCGACGGUGAGGAACACAUGAAGGGCCGGGUGGGGAAAGGGGCAGCAACUAUAAAGGCAGUACCAGAAGGUCAAAGUUCAUACAGACCCGCCCUGUAAUCAAUGAGGAUUAAAAACACAGAUUUUGCUGAAGAGGAAACAGAAACCUCCUGAUCCACUGCGUAAAGAACUUUAAUGGCGUCCCGGUAGAGACAUCAAGAUGAACACGUUACCGUCAAUGGACCGGCACAUCCAGCAGACCAAUGACAGGCUGCAGUGUAUCAAACAGCACUUACAGAACCCAGCCAACUUCCACUCAGCAGCCACAGAGCUGCUAGACUGGUGUGGAGAUCCCCGGGCGUUCCAGCGACCUUUCGAGCAAAGCCUCAUGGGAUGUUUGACGGUGGUGAGCCGUGUUGCUGCUCAGCAGGGCUUCGACUUGGACCUGGGCUACAGGUUGCUGGCCGUGUGCGCCGCUAACAGGGACAAAUUCACUCCCAAGUCUGCGGAAACCAGCACCUGCAGGAGAUGUCAGAGUGACUCAGCCCUGCUGUCGUCGUGGUGCGAGGAGCUGGGUCGUCUCCUCCUGCUGCGUCACCAGAAGAACAGACAGAACGAGCCACAGGGGAAAGUGCCCAUGCAGCCCAGCAUGAACAGCAUGAAGCCCGGCCUCACGCACAGCGAUGGAUCCUUCCCUUAUGACUCGGUCCCCUGGCAACAAAACACCAAUCAGCCUCCUGGGUCAUUAUCUGUUGUUACAACAGUGUGGGGUGUGACCAAUACUUCACAGAGUCAGGUGCUUGGUAAUCCAAUGGCUAACAGCAAUAACCCUAUGAAUCCUGGGAGUAACCCCAUGGCAUCGGGUAUGUCUGCCAGUGGGGCAGGGCUCAGUUCUUCCCAGUUCAGUGGACAACAGCAGCAAUUCCCUAACAAAGGAGGCUCCAGCCAACCAUACAUGCAGCAGGGCAUGUACAGCAGGCCGGGCUACCCUGGAGGUCCUGGGGGAUAUGGAGGGAGUUAUUCUGGAGGUCCAAACGCCCCUUCGGGAGGUAUGGGAAUGACCUCCCACACACGUCCUCCUGGUGAUUUCACACAGCCAGCUGCCGCCGCUGCAGCUGCUGCUGUCGCUGCUGCUGCUGCUACAGCAACCGCCACAGCAACAGCCACUGUGGCAGCCCUGCAAGAGACGCAGAAUAAAGACAUGAACCAGUACGGACAGAUGUGUUCGUCUUUCCAAAUGGGCCCAGCUCAGGCAUACAACAGCCAGUUCAUGAAUCAGCCUCGAGGUCCUCCCGGAGGCAUGAACCCUGCCAGCAUGGGAUCCGCCAUGAACAGCCCAAAUAUGAGUGGGCCUCCCGUGGCCAUGAGUCAGGCUCGAACGCCAGGCAUGGGGCCUUUUGGGCCUCAUGGCCAAAGAAUGCCACAACAAGGCUAUCCCGGAGGACCUCGACAGGGCAUACAGGGAAUGAAGAGGCCGUAUCCUGGGGAGGGAAGUUACGGUGGUCAGCAGUACGGACUGAAUAGUCAAUUCCCCCCACAACAAGGGCAGUACUCCAUGUCGAAUGCCACCAGGCCGCUACCGUCUCCUAGCUACCCUGGCCAGAGGAUGCCAGGGCAACAGGGACAAGGACAGUAUCCACCUGGCAUGCCCAUGAGCCAGUACUACAAGCAAGAACCCUUCAAUGGUCAGAGCGCCAACUUCCCUGGAGGCGGAUACUCCUACGGCCAAGGAAGUGGGCCUCCCCGGCCUGGUAACUACCCCCACUCUCCUGUCCCUGGUAACCCCACACCUCCGAUGACCCCAGGAAGUAGUAUCCCUCCAUACUUGUCACCAAACCAGGAUGUCAAGCCCCCAUUCCCUCCAGACAUGAAGCCAAAUAUGGCAGCGCUUCCACCCCCUCCAACUCAUCCCAAUGAGGAGCUGCGGCUAACAUUCCCAGUCAGGGAUGGAGUGGUGCUGGAGCCAUUCCGAUUGGAACACAACCUAGCAGUCAGUAAUCACGUCUUCCACCUUCGACCCUCCGUCCACCAGACCCUCAUGUGGCGGUCAGACCUGGAGCUACAGUUUAAGUGCUACCACCAUGAAGACAGGCAGAUGAACACCAACUGGCCUGCCUCUGUCCAGGUCAGCGUUAACGCCACACCCCUUACCAUUGAGAGGGGAGACAACAAAACUUCCCACAAACCCUUGCACCUGAAGCAUGUCUGCCAGCCUGGGAGGAACACCAUCCAGAUUACGGUCACUGCCUGUUGCUGUUCCCACCUGUUUGUGCUGCAGCUGGUCCACAGACCA